CUAUCAUGUACAUACACGGUGGACGCCCGCCUUUAACCUUAACCUUUGCUUUGGAGAAACAAUCAUGUUUGGCUUUUGGCGACCAUAAACCCAACCACCCCUGCAAAAGUUUUUAUAACAAAGGGUCCGAACUGACUUUCGUUGCAACGCAAGACUUCAAUGCCACUCAGGCUCUGAAACGUGGGACAAAAUUCGCAAGGGAGGAGGAACCAACGAGACGAGAGAAGAAUAAUGGCAAAGCCCAAAAGCGAAAGUCUGCCAAACCGGCACGCAUACACGCGGGUAUCCUACCUGCACCAGGCCGCCUCCUACCUAGCGACUGUGCAGGUACAAAUCCCAGACGCCGACUCAUCACCACCCCUCAAAGACGCUCAUGAGCUCGCCGCCAGGCUCCAGAAGCUACGCUCCACAAACGAAAAGGUCGCUCGUCGGUUCGUCUCCGAUAUCCGAGCCGUCUCUCUCAAGGCUCAGAUCCGCCCGAGCCCGUCGGUCAAGCAGAUGAUGUGCAAGUUCUGUGACUCGUUGCUCAUCGAGGGCAAAUCGUGCGCUACGACGGUGGAGAAUUUGAGUAAAGGCCGGAAGAAGCCCUGGGCCGAUGUCAUGGUUACGAAGUGCACGACAUGCGGCAAUGUCAAGCGGUUUCCUGUCAGCGCGCCGCGGCAGAAGCGACGACCGUUCAGGGAACCCAAGAGUGUUGAAGGGCAAGAUGAAAUGGUUGUGGACACGACGGCUGAAGGGUCUGCUCAGUUGACUGGAGGUGAAUGAGAGUUUGAUGCCUUCUUUUCAUCGGAAUUCAAGCCCACCAAGUGAUCUACGAGUGGUAAGCCGCUGUCGAGAGCCUCUUAGGCAGAAGAGACUGGGCUUUCCGUAUCGAACUGCGCAGCCUAUUGAGGCUAUGCCGCCAGUCGAGAGGCCAUAACCCUGACGUAUUCUUACAACAGAAUCACCCGCAAAAUGCGUGGCUUAUAGAUUGGCUCUAUCAUCGAGCUAAAGAUGCUCCCAGAAGAAGCGGGAGCUGGAUACUUAUCCCCAAGCUACCACCAUAGU